UCACUGUCAUGGGGCUUUCUCGUUGGGAUAGACCCAGCGCUUGAGCAUUCUCCAUAGGUAAUCUCCGUGCUCGAACGCCCUCGUCGAAGUGGCAGCCCCUGAGGUGAAGUUGGUCUGUUCAAGCCUGCUGACUCAGCAGUCUUGCAUCUCUCCCUUAUCUCAGAUCCCCAGCUAUCACUCACCUUCACUUUUGUUCACCACCACGGCAGCAACAUGGAGUCCUUUGAGUCCCUCGGGGCAAACUACGCCACAGCCAUCAGGCUCAUUGACGAUGCUCAUUCGCAGGACCCCAACACCAUCCCUGGCGAUAGUGGCCCUAUACCGUACGAGCUGCACUACGCCCGGAAAAUGACUCGCUGGCUAGCCUCCCGCAAGCCCGACGCAUCGCCGGCGCUGCAACUCGCCUGCCGGGCCCAGCACUUUCGCCGCUGGGAACUCCCGCGCUCGAGCUACCCCAUGACGCGCGCGGGCUACCUGACGUGGCGCGCCAAGCAAAAGUCGCAGGCCGCGGCGCAGGUGGCGGAGCUGCUGGCGUCGAGCGAGAUCCAGCCGGCGCUGGCGCGAGACGAGAUUGAGCGGGUGGCGGCGCUGGUGCGGAAAGAGGGUCUCACCAAGGGCGACGUAGAGACGCAGGUGCUCGAGGACGUGGCGUGUCUGGUGUUUUUGGACGACCAGUUUGACGGGUUCGAGAAAAAGAGCGAGAUUGACGAAGAGAAGGUGGUGGGCAUCUUGAGGAAGACGUGGGCGAAGAUGAGCGAGGCGGGGAGAAAGCUGGCGUUGGGGAUGCAGUUGAGUGAGAGGGCGACGGGGUUGAUCCAGAAGGCGUUAUCGCACAAUUGAGGAGAAGGCAAAAUUGGAUUGGAGGAUUUGAGCCUGCUUUGUGAGUUUCAAGUUUUCUAAGGUAUGAGAGCUUCUUUCCCCUGUGCCUGCUCCUUCCCUUUCCAGCCAUCCGCACCCCCGGAGGCCGAUUUCCGGCAUUUCGGGCCCGGCUUUGACGGAAUGCCCCACUUCUCGGUGUAAUCUCCGCCGAAUGCCCCGUUCUCGCCACUUCCGAUUGGGACACCG